AUGUCUACUCAUAAGCAAAAAAAUUUGACGCUGUACGAUUUCGGUGUCACGACCAGCUAUCAACACCACCAUCAACUACAGCUACCACAACAUCAACAACAACAUCAUCAACAACAGCAGCUGAAACCAAACUACUUACCUUCCAAUCUACCACACGAAACAUCUACUAUUUGCGAUGCCUACCUAAAAAUUAGGGACGUCGGCCACCAAUCAGAAUCCACCAUUUGUGGUGGGAGGUCACGUGAGCGUCUUAUUCACCAAUCAGAGAGCGGUAGAGUUGAAAUCACGUUUUUAUACAGCGAGAAGGGCAAAGACAAUGAUGAUGACGAUGGCGAUGAUGAUGACGAUGACGAUGAUGGUAGAAACAAUGGUCAUGUUCGUUUCAUGCUAAAAUAUGAAGCGGUUGGUUGCGUUGAUCCGCUGCUCAACAAUCCCUUACUGACCAUGCUGAGAAGAGAGUCGAGGACGGCGGUCAUCAGUUGCAACUUCACCAACCAGGCCACCCACCCUCCUUCCUACCAACCGUCGGAACGAUCACAUGAUCACUUCAGAAAUGAUCUAAAUCCAAAUGGAUUCAAUACUAAAAUCCGGAUUUGGAUUCAGAUACCGCGGAUCUCAAAUUUCAGAAUCUGUGGCAUUCCUAUUGUUAUAACCGUGCUACCGAACGCACUAGAACAUUCUAGACGAGUAUUACAACACUAUAUUGUUUUCAUGUUGUGUUCUAUUGAUAUGUUUGCAAAAAUUUAUGAAGGGUUGUUUGUGGCCGUCAUAAUCGGGUUGUUCCUGGGGCUCCUCAUUGGUUUCCUCAUGCUGGCAGUCAUCGUGGCCUGCAACAGAAGACACAACAUGAAAAGAAGCGAGAUGAGUGUUGGUACUGGAAAGAUGGAUGGAAGGAGCAAGGACGAUGAAGGAAUGAAGUAUGAAGUUAGAGUGUUAAGAUGUGACCAGGCACUCGUCAACGAUCCUGACUACAACUGCAACCUCGGCAACAUCAUCAAUAACAACAACGGAGACAACAGUAAAAACGUCAGUAGCAACAACGACAAAAAAAAUCAGUUCAUCGGUUGCAAGUACGACACGAUAACCGCGCAGCCACAACUCCUCGACAUCACCAACUUCGAUUUAAACCAACAACUUUUGCAACCAAAUGUUGUUCUAUAUGAUGCACAAUACACUUCACAACAUCAACAACAAAACACAAAACAACCGUUUCAUCAAGGCUAUCAACAACUGCAACAACAACAACUGCAACAGCAACAAUUGCAGCAACAACAACUGCAACAACAUUUACCAAAGGAUGAUGACACGAACCAAUUCAUCAACUUUACAACGCUGACAAGGAAACAAAUGAAAAAUUCCUUCGAAAUGCUCAACAAUUUUUCAAACAUUCACCAGAGCAGUGAAAGUUUCCAGCACGCCCCACGCCGAUCACCACACAACAUCAGCAACGGCAGCCGCCACAACAACAACAGACGCAAUCUUAUGGACUGUACGAAAAACCUCCAUGCUAUAACGUCUGCUGCGGUUGAAAGCGACAAACUUUUUGAUUUAAUAUUCAAUAACUUUUGUUUGUUGAAUUCGUUUCAUUACAUACCUGUAUAA